AGGAGACGGCGGGGUGCGCGACUGCGAGAGCGGCGAUCUUCGGUGGCGGGAUCGGGGCAGAUGGGAGCGCGAGACGGGCGCGUUCGCCUUUCGUUCGACCAGGGGUUUCGUGCAUACGCGAGAGUGAGCGAGUGAACGAGCGAGAGCGGUAAAUCCAGAUACUUUCGAUUUCGUCGAGCGGGCCCGACUCUCGCCCGCCGCGAGCCGCGCGCCACGGCUUCGCGUACCCCAGGAGGCGAACAUGCCAGUCAUCGUGCGGUAGAGCAACGGCGUGUGUACUCGUCGCUCGCGACGUGCGUCGCGGUGUACGCCGAAUAAUAAUUCGCCCAACAGCGCGGCGACGCGCCGCUGUCAACACAGAGAGAGUAUCGUGCGCGCGACGUGACAGUUUCUUCUCCGAGACGCGGCGCGCUUUACGCGCGGCGAGCCGUCGCCUCGUCGUUGUCGCACACGUUCAACGAAUACGCGAGACGCUCUCGUCGUCGUCGGUGCGGUCGCGAGAGCGGCAGGUGGACGCGCGCGAGUGCGCGCGCAUUUUCGCGAGACUUCCAGUGCGAGAGAGUGCGACGACGGGGACCGGCGGAACGAGAGAGAAUGCAGCAGAAACGAUCGAUUUUCGCGCAGACUUGCCGACCCGAGACUGGCUGAGACGUCGCGAACGUCUACAUGGCGAUCGGGAGCGCGACGGCGGCCAACACCGGCAGCGGAGAGACCGAAGGAAAGCGAGCGAGCGGGGACCUUGUGUAGAGAAGGCGACACGGAGCGACAAGCGUGCGUUUGCUUGUCCCGUCGACCGCCGUCACCGUCGCCGCGUCCUCUGUCCACCGUUUCUCUCGUUCCUUCUCUCUCUCUCUCUCUCUCCCUCUCUCUUUCUCUUUCUCUUUCCCUCCCGAACAGACCCGAUCGUGUAUGCGCGCGCGUGCUCGACCGUAUGCUCGGCGUGUCAGUAGUCAUCGAUUUUCCGGCGAUCGUGUUGCCGCCGGCAGAGAAUCGCGCGAACGGCAGUUAUGAAGUGAGAGGCAGCCCGGAGUAGCGUGAGAGAGAGGGAGAGAGAGAGAGAGAGAGAGAAAGAGAGAGAGAGAACCCGACGUAUGUGCGUACAACGUACGCACGCACGUACGUCGUCGCCGUCGUCGUCGUCGUCGUUGUCUCGUGUUGCGAGGAAGCUUCGAGGAGUAGUGAGAGGUGGAGCAAGAUAGAGAUAGAGAUAGACAGAGAGAGAGAGAGAGAGAGAGAGAUAGAGAGAAAGAGAAAGAGAGAGCGCAAGCUGUCGUGAGCGCGCGUCCAACAUGGCUACCGCCGGCAGCAACGCGACGACAAACGCCGGCAUCGUCGAGGCGAACGGCGGCAGCAACGUGCCGCAGUGGAAGCGCGACCUGAUACAACGUCGUCGUCAACAGAGCAAGGUCCUCGCGAACAACGGCGCGAGCGUAAAGCUAUGCAGCGCGGUGAUCGGAACGUCAUCGUCGGCGGGUACGGCAGACGGCGGUGUCGAGCAUCACGCGACAGCACUGCAGGAGUAUUGCCCUGUCGCCGGCACGCUUCGCGCGGUACGCUCCACGACGACGACGACGACGACGACGACGACGACGACGGCGGCGGCGGCGGCAGCAGCGGCGGCAAGCAACGAGUACAACACAUCGAACAUCACGGUUUGCGUAGCUGGUGAUGGUGGUGGUGGUGGUGGUAGUGGUGAUAGUGGUGCUGCUGCUGCUGCUGCUGGUAGUAGUGGUAGUAACACGCUGUUAUCCUCCUCUCCCUCUUCGUAUCCCUCGAGAAGGCCGCCGCUGAGCAGUGGCGCCAUCGUCGUCGCGGGAACAACGUCAACGGCCGCUGACUUCGCGCCGGCAGUCGCGUACAACAUGCGUCUCGAGGCGGAUCUGUCGCUCUGCUCGGACGCGGAGGAUGUUCUGAACGGUGCGCCGGGCAAGUUAACGGCGGACAUGUCGGAGCGCAAGUUGUCGUCGUCGGAAUACACCGGCGACUCGGUAGGCGAGAACGAGGAAGCGACGGCUACGACGAGAACGUCGGACGGUAGUAGAGCGAGAACGAGCGGUGACAUCAACAAUAUCAACGUCGAGAACACGCAGCGUGACGCAAUUCGCACGGUCGUUAUCGCACGUAGCGGCGGCGGCGGCGGCGGCGGGAAGGACUCUCACAGCGAAACGACGCUCGGCAACAGGACGAUGAAGGAAUCGUCGCGGACGGUCGCGAUGACGGCGAGUCGCGCGUCCAACGAAGACGCGGAGAGCGACAGUUCCGAGGAGCUGCAGUACGGACCGGGGAUCGUGAACAAGCUCAAGAGCAAGUACCUUAACCUCACUUUACGCGAGACGAACAAGAGCCGCGUGUCGGUGCAGCGGUUUCGUCGCGCGGCCAGCCUCGAGGAUUUGCUCGACCGCGACGACGACGAGGCAUCCGGCCAUGAGAAGACCGCCGUCACGAGGAAGUACGCGAAGCGGGAUGGUCCGUCGAGCGGCGGCGGCGGCGGCGGCAGCAGCAGCAGCAGCGGCGGCGGCGGCGGCGGCGGCGGCGUCGUCGUCGUGGCCAAGAGCGACAGGUACCGAAAUGCGUCUCGUGGCAACGACUCGAUGAAACGGGCGCGCAGCGUCGAGACCCUCAUGAGGUACAACAGCGCGUCAAUGGACGAGACUACGCGUGCCGGUUCGGCGCCGGGUCCACGUCCGGCGACGAACGGCGUCCGCCGCCAGGAACCGGUCAACGACCACAUCAUUCUCGUGGACCGUACAUCCGUGAAGAUCGAGAGCCGGCUGGGUGACCUCGAUCGGCCGAAGCCGAUCAACAAGCCGAAGAGGAUCAAGCCGGUGCUGGCGGAGACAGAACGGCCGCCGCCGGAUCUAGUCAAGACCACGAUGAGGAUCUUUGAGGGCUCGGCGAAGAAGCUGAAGCCCAAGGGCGAAGUGGCCGCGAAGGUGGCGACUUUCAAGACCAUCAACGACACGUUCAAGCAGGCGCAGGCGACGCAGAAGAAGCUGGUGGUGCCGAAGCCGCCGGUGCAGCCAAAGCCGUUCGUCAACGGCAGUGCUCGCGGUGGUGCUGCCGCAGGCAACGUCGUCGGCUCACCGAAGAGGAUCGUUCUGCCAACACACAAGCCGACGGCGGAGCUGAUCGAGACGCAGGACGGCGAGGAGGAGUACCACAUAGACGGCGUGAUCACGGAGCCAAUCGUGCAGUCGGUGUCGUCGGUGGUGAGUAAAUUUCAGCAGAUCGAAAAGUCGCACUCUCCUUCGCCGUCGCCGGAACCUUCGAGCUACCAGAAACUCAAGUUCUCCCCGGCGAACAGUCCGGAGCCGCCCACGGCUUCCUGCAAGUCCAAGUCGGCCCUGUCCGCCCUGGAGAUCACGAUAAAAUCGCCACCUCUCACACCGGUGCUCUCGCCGAGGAUCACGUCACCCAGAUUGCAGAGCCCGUCUUCACCGGUUAAGGACUCGACGGUCCGUUUCCAGGCGUCGAGUCUGCUUCACAAACCGCCGCUGCCGGGUUCCGCCGGAGCGAGGGAGUCUUCGAAAACGGAGCCGACGGAAUCGUCCAAACCGCCACGUCCGCAAGUGGAGAGGGAGCCUGCGAGAACGAGCGUUGAGCAUCCUCAGCAGCAACUGCGACUUCCGGAGUCGUCCGCUCACGUGGAACGAAAAGACGACACGAAGUCGAGUCGCGUCGCGUCCAACAAUGCGACGGAGAAUAUCGUCGCCGAGGAGGAGAUCGUGGACGGGCCGAGGACCAUCUCGAAGAACGCUCUGGAUAACAUCGGCAGAGCCGGUACGACGAUGCAGUUCAACUUCGGCGACAAGUCCACGGCGAACAAGAGUUACCUGCCGGGUGCGAAGCGAAACGGACAGAAGCUCGCGGACGAGCGGACACCGGACGAGGACGAUCGCUGCUGCGCGAACACGGAGAGGACCAGAGAGUCCGGAGGAAAGUCAGUCUCAUCGUCGAGUGCACCACUGAACAUCGUGACAACCUGCGAGACAACCGCGUCGGCCAAGUUGCAAGUUUGCCAAGAGAGACUCGAGUCGGAGAAAGAGGAGAAGCUCGACGACGACAAGGAGGACGUCGAGGAGAAGCCGAUUGUGCCAGAAAGUAAGCCCAUCGGCGCUAUUAGCAGCUUGGGCCUGAUCAAGCCUGCGACUACGACGACGGUGAGCACCACGACCACCACGUCGUCGGCGUAUCCGCAGAGUAACAACGAGACGAAGACGAUCAGAUGUCAAAAGAGCGAGUUUUCGCCACCGCAGAAGCAGAUCGGCAUCAUACGGCCGUUGGUCUCCACGAAGACGCAGCAGAAUCUGAGCAAUCGCGAGCUCGAGAAGAAUCUGAUCAACCGGGUCAAGAGUAUCGAGCAGCCGACCAAGGUCGUGGUGAGCCUGAAGAGCGCCGACGAGAUACAGCCGGCGAAGAAGACGAGCGCAGCGAGCGGCGGCGGCGGCGGCGGCCUCUGGGACACGAAGCCGUGGAAUCAGCAGAACAACACGAUGGUAUUUAACUUCAGCAACCGCAAGGAUGUGCCGGAUUAUAUCGAGAACGACGGUCUCAUCAUCAGGAGAAAACGGGAGAAGCCAAAGGUCGGCGACGGCAGCAUCAUAGUGCUGGACGCGACUCUGGACGCAUCCACGACCGAUGACGCCGAGUGGGAGGUCUCCGGAGGUCCGCCAUCGCCCUGCGACGUGUCGUUCCUCAACGACAACGUUCUCAUCAACGGACGCAGCAACCUCUCGAGGACACCACGAAAUCACAAGCAUCGGAUACAAUUCGACGACACGGCCACUCGCACCUUCGAAUAUCCCAGUGAAGCGUCGAUCCUCGAAGGUGAGAGCAGCGGCGCGGACGGCGAAACUUCCGGCUCUGUCGAGCAGCAAUCCACCGCGAGCAACAAUAAAACGUCCUCGACGACCAGCUCGACAACGAGCAGCAUACCGUCCCUACUCGGUGGAGGCGGACUAGCUAGUUACACACCUAGCAAGGUGGAUCUGACGUCGGAAGGUUUCGAGUUAGGCGUCACCAGGGCCGUGCCGAUAGUGGCUCCCACGUCAGCACCUACGGGGCAAACUGAAAACACCAACGAAGUGGACUACCUGAGGCCUGCUCAAGACGCGGGCGCGUGGGGCUCGGAGACAACCGGGGACCUUCUUUAUUGAUAAGACGUGUGAAGCCUGUCAGCAGUACCAACAACGGCUCAACAACAUCCUACCGCGGCAAUAGAACGAGAAAAUCCACAAGAUAUCCACACACACACACACACACACACACACGUAUAAGGCUAAUAAGGAGUAUUUUUUUCUAGCAGCGAUAAAAACUCAAAAAAAGGAUUACAAACGCGAGAUACUAAUAUUAUACCGGAGUUUAAUAAUAAAAGGAAAAAAGAAAAAAACACAUGACGAAUGCUCAGAACCGCGCAUAAAGCAAGUUUUUUUACACAGAAAGAGCGAGUCAGACGUCGCGUUCGUAAUCGGACAAUACGCAGGGUAGGCCACAGCUGGUAGGCACGUUUCACUCGUCACGAACAAUGCCAUUUAAGCAAGGCGAUCUUUUUUUCUAAUCGUAGAAAAGGAAGAGGAUUGUACAAAAAAUAUGGUGACCUCCGUUUACGAGCGCGUCGAUACCGAAAACGAAGCGUUUAUUUAGAUGAUUAUUAAGUAAGAACUAACAGUAUCAUUCCAAGUAUAUAUGCAUUUACUUUGUCAUUGCGAUAUAUCGAACGAACGGACUUUUCUAGACAAUGAAAAUCGUCGAAACUGCCAAGACACGUUAGUGCUUCGUCUCUUGCUUUUCCAAUAGAACUCGAAAGAGAGAGAAAAAAAAGGGAGAGCCCCCAGUGACUGAUAUUCUGUUACGCGGAGGAUAAAAGAGUAAAGGAGCAUAUCACACAUCUCUUCGGCAUACUUUAUUAUAGGAUAGAAGAGAGGAGUUAAUGAGAGAAUUAAGAGAGUUUUGUAACCUUUUUGAGAUUACUUUAAUGUUAAGCUGUGAAUGAUUCAAGCUGCCAGUAAAAGGCCAGGGUUUUGCGCGAGUUUUGUAAAGGAAUCGCGAUUGAACGUCGCGGAGAUCCAAUCUCGGCGGCGAGAAAGAAAAAAGAAAAGAGAAAGAACGAAAAAGGUUCAGGAAAUGCAUUCGAGUUUAGAUUUGUAAACGUUUUUUGCCAAAGUAGAACGUAAGUCUACUUAGUAAUAUUUAAUGUAUAUGUACAAUAAGCGGUUCUCUCCAGUUCGGCAAAACUGUGUAAGAAUUGUAAAUUUCAGAACUUCAUCAUUUGUAUCAUCAAUGUAUGUCAAAUCGUAUUGCGAGAGUAUGCCUUGUGAAUGCGAAAAUCGAACCAUUGUACGACGCGUACCACGUACGACGUGUGUCUUCUCGUGUUGAGUUAGCAUUUAUAGUUUCCGAGGUUCAUACGUACGAAAAAAAAGAUUAAUAGUUUUCCGGAGUGCACGGGAGGCACGUUGAUAAAGAGAAAACGUCGGUUUAAUGUUAAUCUUUAAUUUUAAGCGAAUUGAAUUUUGUACAUACUAAAUUAUUAUUGUGGAUCUUAAAGCGCUGUUUCAAGAUGAUAGAUUAAUGAAGUCGCGAGACUUCGACAUAAAUGAAAUUACGUUGCUUUAAGAUAGGUUUUUCCUCGUAUUUUUAUUUUCACGUUUCUUUCCGUUUCUUCUGUUUUCUCUCCUUGGUUUUGUUUUUUGUUUUUUUUUUGUUUUUUUUUCUUCCCCCCUAAAUCUAUCGUCUACGUAGCAUCUCAGUUGCGUUACCACGGGUAUCCGAGAAAAGAGAAAACAUUGUUUCGAAUCGUGUGCGUAUUUAAUGAUGUGCGAUUAUAGUGUAGUUAAAUAUAUCAUUACAAUUUUAUCACUUGGACAGUGAACUGAUUCGAGCGAGAAAAGAAGUGCGAUGAAAGAGUAAUUUAUUGUAGGGAUGCAUUUAAUACAAACUGCUCCUGUCGCGUUUUUUUUUUUUUUUUUUGUUAGAAUUUCAAUAUUAUCUAGAUGCUGUACCAGUUCAUCGAGUAUUUUGUGGUGUACCACAUCGAUUAAAAGACUCGUUCGUGUGUCACAGCGUUAUGUCUUACACUGUGAUAUUUUUGUUAUAAUAAUCUCCUUUUCUCCUAGUAUACAACAUAAUCUCUGCUUUUUCGUCAGACGCGACAAUAUGCAAGUGUGGUUCAUCGAUACCUAUUUGUUCAUCGAUAUCCUGUUGCUACAAUUACGCGAACGAUGCGAGGAGCCUGGGAGAUUACAUCCGUGCGAUGCUUCUAAACUUAGGAAAGAUGUACGUACGUCUUUCGUUUUUCUUAAUUCACCAAACAUUCGCGCGUCUGUCAUUCGUAAUCUCCCAAUUCCGAUACGGUGGAGUUCCACGACAGUUCUGUAAAUUAUCGUUGUACAGUGAUCAAGUACCAUGUUUUUGGAGUAAACAAAUAAUAAGUGGAAGCGAUCGUGAGGUGACUAUUAACAACUGAA